AUGUUAUAUCUGACAGCCGACAAGUUCCCAGUCUUCGUGCCAUUCGGUAUCAUCGGUUUCUAUCGGUACUUCUGGUAUAUUAUCCGUCUACUCGCCUAUGCGACGUAUCGGCCUGUACCGUUGCCAGAGAAUCCCACGUACUCGGCGGACGAAGAUGUGACUAUCAUCGUGCCAACCAUCGAUGCGGGAGAGGAGUUCAGAGAAGCAGCCUUCUCAUGGCUCGAAGGAAAUCCCCGGGAGAUCAUCAUCGUCACGGAAGACAAGAUGCUUGGUCCUCUCCAAGAUCUCGCCAAUUCGGUCGCCCCCGAUAAGAUCCGCGUCCUCACCGUCCCCUUUGCCAAUAAACGUCUUCAAAUGGCACAUGGUAUCCGCAAUACCGAAUCGGACAUUAUCGUCUUUGCGGACGACGAUGCCAUCUGGCCGUCGACGCUCCUGCCCACCGUGCUCGCCUGCUUUGAGGACCAGCAGGUCGGCGGGGUGGGUACGAGUCAGCGGGUCAAGCCAUGCGGGGAACGUCUGACGAUCUGGGAGGUCCUCGCUGCCUUCCGGCUCACUAUUCGGAACAUCGAGAUCGCCUCGUCCACACAUAUUGACGGCGGAAUACCCUGUCUCUCCGGCCGGACCGCCGCGUAUCGGACCGUCAUCCUCAAAGACCCCGACUUCUUGCACGGCUUCACCAACGACCUCUGGCUCGGCAAAUACCACCUCAACUCGGGGGACGACAAGUUCCUCACGAGGUGGAUGGUCAGUCAUGGCUGGAACACGCAUGUCCAGGUGUGCAAGGAGGCGGAGCUGCUGUCGACGAUGAAGCCAAAUUGGCGCUUCUUGAAGCAGGUGCUGAGGUGGACGAGGAAUACCUGGCGGUCGGAUAUGCGGAGCGUGUUCAAGGAGCGCUACGUCUGGACAAAACACCCCUACGUGUGUUACACGAUGAUCGACAAAUUUAUCAAUCCCCUCACACUCCUCGUCGGUCCAAUAUUGGUCAUCGUCUUGAUCGUCAAGAGUACAAAACCGAUCGAUCAGGGAGGGUAUCACUUGCCCGCUUGGCGUAUCGUUGUCUCGUACCUCGUAUGGCUCCUGGCAACCCGUUCGCUCAAGCUCCUCCCGCACCUAUGGCACAACCCCUCCCAUAUCAUCUAUAUCCCCGUUUGGAUUAUUUUCGGCUACUACUUCGCAAUAAUGAAGAUCUACGCCCUUUUCACAUUACACGAGACUGGAUGGGGCACGCGUACUGGUAUCGGAGAUCCGGCACAGGAAAAGAUGGACGAGGAGCCACUCAACAGGAUGCCGGAGUACGGCGGGAAUGAGGCGAGAGGGUACGACCCAGAAGCGGUAGGGCGGGCACGAAAAGGAUGA